AUAUCAGUGAUCAUUAUUUCAAUCCGAUGUUUGAAUCCUCAACUAUCGUCAUAUAAUUUUACCGACAAAGUUGUAUUGACUACCGGUUCGAGCAGUGGUAUCGGUGCCGGAAUUGUCAAAUUGUUUGCACAGUUGGGCGCCCAUGUAGUGGUCACCGGUAGAAAUGCUACCGAAAUACAUAGUGUGGCCGACGAGUGUCAACAGUUGUCACCGAAAAAACUAAAACCAUUACAAGUAGUGGCUGAUGUUUCUGAUGAUAAACAAUUAACUCAAUUAUUGGACAAAACUAUUGAAUCGUACGGUAGGUUAGAUGUGUUGGUCAACAACGCCGGUAUUGGUGCUGUGACUCCGAUAAUUGAUCCUAAAUUUAUGUCGGCUUUCGAUAAGAUUAUGUCAGUUAAUCUAAGACCUUAUGUUCAGUUGAGUCAUCUGGCAGUACCUUAUUUAAUGAAAACUAACGGCACUAUUAUUAGCAUAUCUAGCAUCGCUUCAAUGGCACCGUCUAAGUUGGCAUUAGCUUACGAUGUGUCCAAAGCGGCCAUCGAUAUGAUGACCCGUGUUUUGGCACUAGAAUUGGGACCCAAUAUACGAGUCAAUACUAUUAAUCCGGGUGUAACAUUGACCAAAAUCAGCGAUGAUCCGGAUUAUAUUAAAGAGAUCAUACGAUUAACACCAUUGAAACGUAUGGGACUACCCGAUGAUAUGGCACAGGGAGUUGCCUAUUUGGCUAGUGAUCAGUCAUCUUUUAUUACCGGUGCCAAUCUGGUUAUUGAUGGCGGUCUCAGAUUUGAUUAG